UCAAUGUGUCAAACUCUCAAAUACAACAAUCAUUUGGCUAUAAUUGUAUGAUAAAAUUAUAACUGAAUUCAUUCAAGACAAAAGCAUAUUGUUUCUUUUUAAUGUUAAAUUCAAACCUGCUCUCCGUAGUCUUGUUUAUUAAAUAUUAAUACAAGCUGUGAAAUGAACGAAAUCGAUGAUAAAUUUUACUAUGUCUACAGUUCAUCAUUAGAUCACAAAGUAGAAAUUAAAGUUGGUACCCUAGAAGGAAAGAGAUCCAAACCGGAAUAUGACAAGUUACUGUCGGACCCUAUGCUCAAAUUUUCUGGGCUCUACCAGGAAGGCUGUUCAGAUUUGUAUGUUACAUGUCAGGUACUGUGUGAUGGUGUACCUCUGGCUUUGCCCGUCACUACUUCAUACAAAUCUUUUACUAACCGAUGGAAUUGGAAUGAAUGGGUAACUUUACCAGUCUACUAUAGCGACUUACCCCGCAAUGCCAUCCUAGCGAUGACAAUUUAUGACUGUGCAGGCCCCGGGAAACUGAUGGUAGUGGGCGGCACCACUAUAUCACUGUUUGGGAAACACGGCAUGUUGCGACAGGGCAUGUUCGACUUGCGCGUGUGGCCCGGCGUGGAGGGUAGCGAGAAGACGCCGGGCAAGGCGCCUGACCGAGGCAAAGAACAGAUGCAGAGACUUGCCAAGCUGGCCAAGAAACACCGGAACGGGCACAUACCGAAGGUAGACUGGCUAGACAGGCUGACAUUCCGGGAGAUAGAAAUGAUCAAUGAGAAGGAGAAGAGGAGUUCCAACUACAUGUACCUCAUGAUUGAGUUUCCCACCGUGCAGAUUGACGGCAUCGACCACGCCGUUGUAUACUACGAGCAAGAUGGGGACGAAAUGUAUCAGUUCAGAGCCCAGGCGGAGAUCGUCACUGUACCGGACUACGAGAUAUUACAGGAGAACCUGGUGGAGAGCAAGCAGCACCGGCUGGCGCGCUCGCUGCGCUGCGGCGUGCCGGGCCGCGACGCCAAGCCGUCGGCCGCCGAGCGGGACCAGCUGGCCGCGCUGCUGGCCGCGCCCGCCGCGCUGCACGCGCUGUGCGCCGACGACCAGGACCUCGUCUGGAAGUACCGUUUCUACUUAUCCUCGCAUCGCCGAGCGCUUACAAAAUUUCUGGCGUGCGUGAACUGGAAUCGGCCCGGCGAAGUGCGCCAAGCGCUGGCGAUGAUGAAGCAGUGGGCACCGAUGGACGUUGAAGACGCUCUGGAGUUGCUCACACCCAAGUUCACGCACCCAGCUGUCAGAAAGUAUGCGAUAUCAAGACUGAAGCAAGCACCUGAUGAAGAUUUACUUCUAUACCUGUUACAGUUGGUGCAGGCCUUGAAGUAUGAGGACUACAUGGAAAUACAUGAUGAAUACGCAAGGAUCUGUGGUAAAGAAGUAGCAGUGUACUCCGACUCGGAGGGGAAGUUGCUACAGAGCGGCCACCGAGGCAGCCAGGCGAGCUUGCUGUCCACUUCAGUGUUGACCGCGAGUGAGAUGACGUCAUCGACCACUAGCAGGCAGUCCGACAUCGCGAUUGAGGAGUCCGCCGCCGUCGCCGACAGCCUCGCCAGCAACCCGGCUGCCGUCGACGUCAGCGAAGACUUCAGCGAGCCAGUGGACGCGUCGCAGGAGCGACUGAGCCUGGCCAGCUUUUUGAUCACCCGCGCCUGCCACAACAGCGUGGUGGCCAACUACCUGUACUGGUACCUGCUCAUCGAGUGCGAGGACUGCGACACCGGCGCGCGGGACCUGGCCGCGAGAGCCAUGUACCUCGCCGUCAUGAGGACGUUCUCGCACCAGCUCGCCAAGGGCAAGGCCGAGUUGGUGCGCACGCGCAGCUUCCUGGCCCGGCAACAAGUGUUCAUCGACAAGCUGGUCGCUCUAGUGAAGCGCGUGGCCCGCGAGAGCGGCAACCGCAAUAAGAAGGCCGAGAGAUUGCAGCAAUUUCUAGCCGACCCCGACGCUUUCAAGUUCAACUUCGCAAACUUCGAGCCCGUGCCCUUCCCACUUGACCCCAACGUCAACAUCAAGGGCAUAGUGGCGCGGAAGGCGAGCCUGUUCAAGUCGGCGCUGAUGCCGUGCAAGCUCACGUUCCUCACCAGCGAGGGCGUGGAGUACGAGGCCAUCUUCAAGCACGGCGACGACCUGCGGCAGGACCAGCUCAUACUCCAGAUGAUCACGCUCAUGGACAAGUUGCUGCGGAGGGAAAACUUGGAUCUAAAACUGACACCGUACAAAGUCCUCGCGACGAGCUCCAAGCACGGGUUCCUGCAAUUCAUCGAGUCUGUGACAGUGGCCGAAGCGUUAGCCACCGAAGGAAGCAUCCAGAACUUCUUCAGGAAGUACAAUCCGUGCGAGGGAGCUCCCUACGGCAUCAAACCCGACACGAUGGACACUUACAUACGAAGCUGUGCUGGUUACUGCGUCAUCACGUACUUGUUGGGAGUUGGAGACCGCCACCUGGACAAUCUCCUCCUCACAAAAGCCGGUGCCCUGUUCCACAUUGACUUCGGGUACAUUCUGGGCCGCGACCCCAAGCCGCUCCCGCCGCCCAUGAAACUCAGCAAGGAGAUGGUGGAGGCCAUGGGCGGAGUUCACUCCGAGCACUACCACGAGUUCCGGAAACUGUGCUACACAGCAUUCUUGCACUUGAGAAGACACGCCAACCUGGUGCUGAACUUAUUCUCUCUGAUGACGGACGCGUCAGUGCCCGACAUAGCUCUGGAGCCCGACAAGGCGGUUAAGAAGGUGCAGGACAAAUUAAGGCUAGACCUAGGUGACGAGGAAGCAGUACAUUACCUCCAGAAUCUUCUAGACAUGUCGGUGACGGCUGUGAUGGCGGUCUUAGUUGAGCAGUUCCACAAAUUCGCUCAAUACUGGAGAAAGUAGCACAUACAUUUAUACCAGUUAAUGGAUAUUCAUACGAUUAAUGCCAAGAAUAACUUUGACCUUGAGAAUUCGAAGCAAUUGACAAUAAGUUUAUUUUUAAAAAAACUAUGAAAAUCGGCCAUAACCGUGCGACUUCCACAUCGGGUGGACGGGGUUUUAUCCCCGUCACGCUACUCUUACUAGAGUUACAUGCAAUAGAAAAUAUCUUGCUUUAAUGUUGACGGAAAACAUCGUGAGGAAACCUGCAAGCCUGAGAGUUGUCCAUACUUUUCUCAAAGGCGUGAUACGUCUACCAAUCCGCACUUGUUACUUAGAAGACUACGGCCUGAACCCUUCUCAUUCUGAGAAGAGACCCGUGCCUUGUAGUGAGCCGAUAAUGGGUCGAUGACGAUGGAGAUACAAUAAUUACUAUAACACAACAAAGUCGAUUUAGAUUUUUGUCCUACAUAUUGUCAAUCGUAAUAGAUAAUGCUGACGA